AUGCCCGCAAUUCCCACCCUUGCUUCCAUCCUAGAACAUACACUCGUGCACCGUGCUCUUGCAGUGCCCCAUAAUGUGACAGCGGCUGCAAGUGCCUCAACUCUCGAAGUUGUUUGUGCUUGGCCCGUCUCCGGCCAAUAUGGCCCAGGGACACGAGCCCUAUACUAUGUGUUGAUUGCAGCUUGCGUGGUCGCACGCAAAGUCGAAUGGAUCCGGAACGCUUGUUUGGCCGCUGUGUUACUUUUCCCCGCCAUCGCGGCUCUGCACGCAAUCGUUCUUGCUGCUCUUCAUGUCGACGGAGCGGUGGAUAUGGAUGUGUAUGGCGCAUUUCAGCUCUGCGCAAUCGGCAUCCUAACCGCCCCAGCAACCGUGAGACUAUCUCGGACCUAUUUCAACAACCCUGGCCGUGAUAUUAUCUUCCUGUGGACAGUCCUUCUCCUCGUCGGGCUAGUGUGUUUAGUCGUGGAAUUCAUGCGUCUCAAAACCACCACCUGUCCGGGGAACGACCCAGCCAGCAUAUCCUGGGCCGCAGACGGUCUAUUCAUCUAUGGCUCUAAUUGUAGCGUUGUUUGUACCCCUGAGGAUGGUCCGUUCUCACCACUGCGACUCGAGGCUGCUGAUAAUAUCUAUGUGAUUCCAGUGCCCGACGAGUUGUCGUUCAAUGCUAUCACGCUUGUUGCGGCUGCAUGCUGUAUUCCUGCUAUUCUGUCAUUGGUAUCUAUGUGGAUCAAGAUUCUGGAUGAUAACUGGGAGAAAUUUUCAAGAAAGCAGAAACAGCAGCCAGACGAACCUAUUGAAGGAACCAACGGAGCUACCAUAAACCACAUGACAGGAAUUGGGGAGAGGAUAAAAGACAUGGUAUCUCUUAUUGAGAUCCCUGUGUUUGCUGCAGCAGUGCUGGCGAUUCUAAUCAAAGGCGAAAUGAACUUUUGGAGUCAACAGAUGAGGUACCAAACAGAGCCUAUACAAAGUAUUGGUCAAUGGGCGCCAAUCGUUGGUACCGGACUCGCCGCACUGGGAUCACUGUAUCUUCUAUUCUCCGCUGAGAUGGUAGCCGAGGAGGGGAAAGAUGACGAACAACCAGGGGUGAAUAAUGUGGGGCAAUGUGCAUGUUGCUCUAACUGCACCUCAUCAGAGACCCCGACCAGUUCCCGACGAGGCUCAGGUACGAGUGCUGAGAGGCAGAACGCCGAAAUUCAGUUGACACCUCUACGUCGCCACACCACCACUCAAACCGCCAGCACAAACCCACCCACACCCGAUUUAGGAAGACGAAAAGUUGCCCGCUUCUUUAACAAGACAAGCAACAUGCUUGCCACCAAAGCCCACAGACAAAUCGAGAAAGGCGGGUUCAAAAAUGACGCAAAAACAUCUUACCCCCAAACCCCAGGGGAAGAAUACAAGAACUCACUUCUCCGACGGCAGGAAGCCGAGUACAAAAGGUCCUCUACACCCGAUAACCGAUCGAGAGCUGGAAGUUCUGUGAGCGUCAGAGAUUCCGAUAAUGGCGAAGGCAGUUCAAGAAUGUCCCGGAGUCCAACGCGACACUCGGUGCCUACGCCGACUGUCUCGCGGCCACGAUCUCGUCCCAAUCACGCAAAUUCGCUCCCAGGCCGGAGCUUGUUUGAGUCUUCAACACUGCAUUCUCCUUCUCCUGGGUCUCUAUCUAGUGGAUGGCCAACCCACCAACUGAGUCCGUUUGAUCGGAUGAAUAGUCAGCGAAGUCGAGCACCCUCCCUUGACGAGUCAGUCAGUCCCACGACUUCAUCGCCGGGGAUACAAAUUCCACCACCGACGAUAGUGAUAUCUUCCGAGGAUGGCAGACAAUGA